AUGACCGUGGAAUGGGUAACUCAGGCUUGCACAUAUGACGAAAAAGAACACCCGGCACCGCCAGUGUGCAUCCGCUGGAUCACGCGCCAAGGAGAUGGCUCUCACAAAAGAUGGAUCUUCCUCCGAUGUUGUGGACAACUUGGCCAGCCAGACCAGCACGGUACAGUGCACUCCCUUCGUCCUUGCAGGCCUUCCCCAGCAUCUACAUCCAUGCAUCAUCCAGGUAAGAUUUUCCUCCUCCGUACCACCAAAAGCUCAGUCUUGAAGUCUGGUGGGGGACCCACGGCAAGAUGGACCUGCUGCCAAAAGGUUGCAGUUCCAAAAUGGGAGGGUAGCUGGGAUAGUCGGGACAUGCAAAUCCCGGGUGAAUUUGUGGAGAAUGGAUGCGAGCAGGGGCAGUUCCAUCACGUCAGCGACCUUCCUGACCGCACAGACCGCGCAGAUUUUGCUGAAUCAGCCAUUCCUUUGUCGCAGUUUUGUCCAAACGGAAGAAAACGGAAGAGAGGCACGGAGUCUUCUGGGGCUGAGGUCCAAGUGCUGCGCAGCCGUGCUGUUGCAAUGUCGGAGGUUAAGCCCAUGCAGAAGACCAUUCACAUCCUGUUCAGCGACAAGCGGGACAUAUUCCAGCUGGUUGAAUCCUUGUUGGUAGGGGUUCGGAAAGUUGAUGAUGUCAACCCCAUCCGCAUAUCGAGAAGAGAACCAAGCGGGCCAUUCUGGUGCAUUGACAAUCGCAGAUGGUUUUGCUUUACAGUCUUCGCACGACAGACGGGGCAGCAACAUGUGCCCUUUACUCCCGCGAAAGAAGUUCAGUGGAUGUCUGAGUUUGAUGACAAGCUGCGACAACAUCCGAACCUCAGCGAUCCCAUGCAUGUGCGGACUGAUGAAAAUGGUCUGAGCUGGGCGGCAACAUGGCUCAAUGAGAUGGCCAAACCUGCAGGCUUCAGCCACUGUCGUGCCAUGGUUGGCAUCCCACCAAAAAGACGUGUCUUUGUUCCGCAAAUUCCACAAGGUGCCAGCCGCAGUGAAUUGCAAGAGCAUUUUGAAUCUAUUGGCUCAGUCUCAAUGAUUGCUAUUCUCCCUGUCGCCAGAUCUGGCCAGUCAAGAUGUGCAGUAGUGGAGUUUGCUACUCAGGCCGCGAGAGAUCGUGCUCUUGAGACAGAUAUUCCUUUUGGAGCACCGACGCUUCGCGUUCGGAAAGACAAGAAGGGCUGGGUGUAUACACAAAAUCGACUUAGACUUGGAAGGCAUUAUCCACGGACUCCGGUGGCAUAG